AUGUUGUACUAUGGCGUCCCAGUGAUCCAAAACCAUAUGCAUUUACUUGUUCCUGAUGAUCAGCUCGAAACUGCCUAUAAAGUCUUGCUGGCUGCUGGUUACAAGGACUCUCCACUCCCCCUUAUUCCGAUGGUUAGUUCUCGCGAUCCUAACACCCACUGGGAAGAGCUCGGGUGUCCAGCUUAUCGAAUGGUUCUUCUUCGUGACGGGAAGAGGUCUCUGAUAAUUCUCAUCCAAAACUACUCCGCCGCGGCGUCGACAUUUGAUGAUGCAAAUCCCAGCUCAUUCGAACAGUGUGCUGGACUAGCCAUACCGCCGUUGCCGCUUCUUGGCCAAUCUUUCUUGCGCACGUACUUCACGUACUUCAAAUCUUCUGGCCGCAAGUCUAGGGUAUCUAGCAUUCUUCAAGUGUGGUGCGCGUCGGUGAAAUUAUCCGGCUACGCACCACUGGGCGUUGAUGCGAUGCGUGGUGUGCCAGGGAUUAGUGAUGCAAUGACAUUGUAUUGGGAGCGAGGCUACUAG